CGGCAGCUUGCCAAGAUGGCUAUCCCUGCUCCCGGCAGGCAGUGAUGCGUAAUAGGUGAAGAUGACUGGGCAGAUUCACCAGAAUCGACCCCUUGGCACGCUACUCCCCCGCAAAAGCAUCCAAGAAACGGCGGGGCUCCGGUGCACCUCGAUGACCGUUUGAUGGUGACCACUAUGGCAUUGGAAAUAUUGGUGCGGUGUCUGGAGAGGAAUACAACACACACAGCUCAAGUCAAAAUGCCUGCCGCGCCGUCCAAGCUGCGUGAUACCUGCAGGGACUUGGACGUGUGUGAUGCAAAUGUGCAGUCAGAUCAAGGCCGAAAAGGUCCAACCAGAGGCGCAAGAACAAACGUGGGGGAUGGCGGGGGCGCAGAGCUUUAAACCCUUUCCGGGGUCGGGGCCCUCCUAUCUCUGCAGAUCUCCCUGGACCAGGGCAUGGCGAUAAGCUCGCUCAGAGAAAGGUCUUAAGAGACUUGACUCAGAUUACACAGACCGUGACAGCUCCCCAAACCUCCUCACCUGAUCCUUUGUGUCAAGGUGUAAAAGCUUUGCUGCCGACAACAUCUCGGCCUCGACGACGCUUAUGACCUGUUUCUGAACUAUUUCCUUACCUUUCAAUCCUUAUCGUUCUUAAUCGAAAACACACCUACCUGACCCUUGAUCGCAAAACCUGCGUCAUGGCGAGCCUCAUCAUGAGCCUCCCAUCGAUACUCCAGGCGCCCACCGCCGGUGAGGCCCUGUCGGGAAUCUUUGGCAGCGUCUCUCUGACGGCCUGGAUAUGCCUCCUCCUCCCGCAAUUAAUCGCAAACUACAAGUCCAAAUCUGCCGACGCGCUGUCCAUGAAAUUCCUCCUCAUCUGGCUCCUCGGUGACAUUGCCAACCUCUCUGGCGCGCUCUGGACUUCCCUCGCCCCCUCCUCGAUCGCUCUCGGCAUGUACUUUUGUGUCGCCGACUUGAUCCUCAUCACCCAGUGCACCUAUUACAACACCAUCAACGCCCGCCGGCGCGCACGCGAACAGCACCACCACCACCCUGGUCACCGCAGGCACUCCCACCGCCACCCCUCUGCCGACUCUGACACCACCGCAGUGGAAGACACCCCGGCCAACGAGGAAACACCCCUUGUAACCGAACACCGCCGCCCCAGGUCCGACUCCCAGACCCUCCUGCCCGGCUCCCACAGACGCCACUCCACCCACCGCCGCCGCCGCUCGUCUAACCUCGACCCGUUGACUAGAAUCAUAACCGGCGAGGACGACACCCCUGACUCCAACCCAUGGCUUCACAACGCCCUCUCCCUUCUAGCCGUGUGGGUGGUAGGCGGAGCAGGGUGGUUCGUCUCCUACCGGAUGGGUGCAUGGGACUCCCCAGACGUUCCGGUCGACACCGAGCCCAUCUCUGCUGAACCACAGGCGAUUAUCGGGAUGGUGUUGGGCUACAUCUCGGCUGUUUGUUAUCUCUGUGCGCGCAUCCCCCAAAUCAUCAAAAACUACAAGGAGAAAUCGUGCGAAGGCUUGGCCCUGCUGUUCUUUUUGCUCUCCCUAACAGGCAACUUCACUUAUGGAGCCAGCGUGAUGAGUUACAGCCAAGACAGGGACUACCUCCUCAGGGCCCUGCCGUGGCUACUCGGGAGUUUUGGGACGAUCGUCGAGGACGGGGUCAUUUUUGUGCAGUUUCGGAUAUACUCCAAGGGGAACCAAGCCGGGCAGCAGAGUAAAAGCGUUGGGGGCACGGCUUGAGGAGUGAAUUGGAAUGAUUGCAAGAUUGAUGGAACAAGAUAUGGGAAGUUUAUGGGGUUUAUUGGGGUUUUGUUGUAAGAAUGGCUAUAUGGCACACAUGACGUGAUGAUUGGCUGAGAGCACGCAUGCAUUGCGGUUUUGAAAGUUUCUUGGUUGAGGGAAGGCAUCUGUGGCGUUUAUUGGUGUUUUUUUUUUGGGUCGCAUGGGUUACACUGCGGGGUGUUUUAUGGCCAGCAGCUGGGAUGGUGUUUCAACGGGCGUUUGACUGUUUAUAUCGAUUGGGAUUUAUCAUGGCAUUUUUGUGUUGCUCCUCAAGUUUACAAUUGCACGGCAUAUUUCUCAUAUUUAAGGUCAUAGUUUUGAGCGGUUAUAGGGACACAACGUGAGUUCUGCCCCCUAUUUAGGAACAACGACGAACAACAUGUUCAAGAAACACUCUAC